AUGAUCGCGACGUGGGAGAAGGAGCUGAGCGCCUUCUUGAGCCUCCCAGUGUCGGAGCGCAACGUGGACCCGCUCGCGUGGUGGAAGACGAACCAGCUGCGCUUCCCUCUCAUCGCGCCUUACGCCGAGAUGGUGCUGUCGCUGCCAGCGGCGUCUUCUAGUGGAGAGACUGUUCGGCGCAACGUCUACAGCGUGCUCGUGCGCACGGAAGGUCCUGCGCGCGAGGCUGCACUGGCCGACAGCCCAGCCAUGGUGGAGGCGUUCCUGUGCUUCCAGAAGAACAAGGAGUACGCUCUCGAGUGGUUUCGGUCGGGCCCCAGCGCCACGGGCAUGGCGGAGGCAGCGGGCCUGAACGCGGACUUGGAAAGCAGCGCCGCCAGCUUCAAGCAUAUCGAGAACGUGUGA